ACUGCAUCCCAAAAGAGGGAAAAAGUGGGAAAUAUCCUGCAAACGGUCCUAAAUAAGGCGUCCCGACGAACCGCUCGCGCUCGGCGCGUCUGCUGCCGCUUUACUGACCUAUAACCAAUGUCAAGACUUGCUUUCGACGUUUUUGUUAGUUUACCGAUCAUUAUUGAUUGACUGUACGGAAGGAAACGGCGAACUGGGUUCAUAUUAGACCGAAUUUGACCGCAUGGGAUAACGAAUCUUUAACAGAAAAGGCUUGAAGCAAUUUGAAGAUAUCGAAAGAGAAGGUUACGCCGUCAAAUGUAUUGGAAAAAUGAGGCUUUGGCCCCUCUAUCAGAGGGAAAUCAGUUUCUAUCCGAAGGAAUUCCCUCAAAACAGGUGAUCUCUCCAGACUCGCACAGCACACCGGGAGCAUCGCGCUGCGUGGACGGACAACACGGUCGCGCGAUGUCACAGUCUGACGGAGAAUCUCACAGGUCUAAUAUGGAGAAAGAGGACCCUCGCUCUUCGCCCAGUCCACCCUCGACGCCGUCCAUCUGCUCGCCCACCUCCAGCGCCUCCUCCGUGCCGUCCACCGGGAAGAACGUGUGCGCGAGCUGCGGCCUCGAGAUCCUGGACAGAUAUCUGCUCAAGGUUAAUAAUCUGAUCUGGCACGUGAGGUGUCUGGAGUGUUCCGUUUGCAGGACGUCACUACGUCAACACAGCAGCUGCUACAUCAAAAAUAAGGAAAUCUUCUGUAAAAUGGAUUAUUUCAGUAGGUUUGGUACAAAGUGUGCCCGCUGUGGCCGGCAGAUCUACGCCAGCGACUGGGUCCGGCGAGCCAGAGGCAAUGCCUACCAUCUGGCCUGCUUCGCCUGCUUCUCCUGCAAACGGCAGCUGUCCACAGGCGAGGAGUUCGGGCUGGUGGAGGAGAAAGUACUUUGUCGGAUCCAUUACGACACAAUGGUGGAGAACCUGAAACGGGCUGCUGAGAGCGGAAGCGGACUCACUCUGGAGGGGGCGGUGCCGUCAGAACAGGACAGUCAACCAAAACCAGCCAAAAGGGCACGAACGUCCUUUACUGCAGAACAGCUGCAGGUGAUGCAGGCGCAGUUUGCACAGGACAACAACCCUGACGCUCAGACCCUGCAGAAGUUGGCAGACAUGACAGGACUGAGUAGACGAGUCAUACAGGUUUGGUUUCAAAACUGCAGAGCGAGGCAUAAAAAGCACACUCCACAGCACAGCGGCCCACCUCAAGCUCACCCGCAGGCCCGCAUGCCCCCCUCGCUGCCCGACGAGCUGCAUUUCCCCUUUGGGAGUCCUGAGAGAGCACGCAUGGUGGCCCUGCACGGGUACAUCGAAAGUCAUCCGUUCUCGGUGCUCACCACACAGAGCCUCCCUCAUCAGGCCAUGACGUUGCCGCAGCUCCCUCUCAGCCGCUAACUCCCCCGCCUCGCACUGACCCCUGACCCCUUCACCCUGACCUCCUGCUCCAAACCUCCGGGACCCCAGAAGUCGGAUCUGGCUGAAGGAGAGGGUCACGGUCCCUCUUGCUCUUGACCUCUGAACUCGCAAAGAGAGAGACUGUUUCCUCUCUGGUUUCAUUGGACAGGAUUUUACUCACCUGCAUCUAGUCACUCUCGGUUAAGGAAAACCGCAUACGUGACCUGUGAAUUUAGGACUUUGUCACCAAGACCAGGAUCUGGACUUUUGGACAAAAAGAAAAGACUCGAGCACACACUGUAAAAGACUAGCGCUCUUGGUGCGUCCUCUCUUCUGAUAGUCUCAUUUGACUCUUGUUCAGCGUUUGGAGACUCUGAAUGCAAACAAAAGGAAUGUAAAGUUACCAGCAUCAGUGUUAAACAUUUUAGAUUGAAAAAGGCAAAAGCACAAGAGAUGUGGAUGGGAAAUAAAUGGCAUAGAACCAGGUGGUAAGACAAAUUUUCUCUCUCUUUUUCCUUGCCGAAAUACGCCACGAUUGAAAUCUGUACUAAGCCAGUGAAACGAAUUUAUGCCACAGUUCACUAUUCCUUGCUUUCUUGUUCUAACACUCAUAUGCAAAGCAUAUGUGUUUUCUUGGGCCUAAAAAGCCAGCAGUCUUGAUUUGUCCACAGAUUUCACUUUAAAAAUAAUCAUACAUAAAGGACUUAAAGUCCAUCAUUUAAUUGUAAAAAUAACUGCAUUGUCAACAUUUUGUUUUGAAAGCAGAUAGUUUUAGAAAAGUGAAAUUGUUUCCUUUUUAGAUUCAGGUAUGCUAUAUUUCUAUAGUUUAAAAAGAUCCCCUUUCUUUGACAUCUAAAUCGUUGAUAUCUUCCCUAAUUUUAUUAUUUACCAAAAUGAAUUUCAAAACUGUUGUCAUUGCAGUUUACCUGCAAUCAUAGACUACAAUUGACGUUGAUAUUAGUUUGAGAUUAUUUCAAAUCGAAAACAGUGCUCUGAACAUUUUCUACAAAAAUGUAAAGAAACAUUAAGGAUAAAAAGGGAUUAUCAAUGACAAACAACGGUAUUUUGUGCAUAAGUUGGAAAGGACGAGGAAAACUGAGACUAAAAAGAGCACUUGAGUAAAAUGUAAAGAUAGCUACAUGUAAAGAAAAUGUACAUGUAAUGUAUUUUUAUUUAAGUAGUGUCCUGACUUUAUGUGGGAGACGAAUGUGUCUGUGUUUCAUUGUUUUCUUCAUACAUGUGUGCCGUAUAUGCCUCAGCUGUGACGAGGGAGCGGGAGUGUUGUAUACUUGCUGCAGACACGUUGUAUACUAACAGAUAGGAGCUGUGUACAGGUCUGAAACCGGGGGAAAAGUCUGAAAUUGUAACUUAAAUUUGAGAAAUGCAUUCUUGUGUUCUGAAUGGGGGACAAGGCCUCUACAUUCUUGUAUUUAUUAAGACAGGUAGCCUGUAAGCACUUUUCCCCACUUCCACAUGUCUGUUUUGUAAAAAAUAAAAUAAAAUAAUGAACUAUUUCUUUGGCUGUGCAUUAUUAAUUAUACCUAUUUCUUUGGCUGUGCAUUAUUAAUUAUACCUAUUUCUUUGGCUGUGCAUUAUUAAUUAUACCUGUUUCUUUGACUGUGCAUUAUUAAUUAUACCUAUUUCUUGGCUGUGCAUAUUUUUUAACUAAAUGCAUUUUUAAUAAAUAAAUGAA